AUGAACUUGGCUAAUAAGCUCCAGCCAGGGAUUUGGGCUAAUGGUUUCAAUGGGAAAUUCUAUCAGAAAGUCGAGUAUGAGGGAAUUGGGACUAUGUGCUUUGGUUGUGGCAAAGUGGGGCAUCGAAGAGAAAUGUGUCCAUCAAAAGCUGGUGGACAUGGAGAUAGUGGGAAUAGAAGAACAGGGGAGCAUGUGAAGCAGGCUGGUUCUGGGGAAGGUAGUUCAGAACAGCAGCUAGGAAGUAGUGGGAGGACGGACCAGGUUCAAUCUAAGAAGAUUGUGGCACCUGUUAUUAAAACAGAGGGGGGAAUUAAGGCUAAUCCUGCUGUUAGAAGUGAUAAAGGGAAGAGGGUGGAGGUUUUACAAGAAGUGAAUGGAGGUAAUGUCAAUUUUGCGGAAAAUGUCCAGAGAGAUGAUGAUUAUAUUGGUUCCUGGAUACAGGUUCCUCCCAGACGGAGAAGGAGUAUGCGCACACAAGGAAGUAAUAAGGAGAAUGUUGGGAAUAAACAAAACUUGAAUAUUCCUAAACAGGUGAAUUUGAAUAAGAUUCAAGCUCCUGACAGCAAGCUUAAACCCACUCAUAAGGGAGCCCGUAAGAAACAGACGGGAAACUACCUGCGUAGCCUCAUUAGAAAUAAUGAGGUUGUUUUUGUUGGACUGGUGGAAACUAUGGUGGAAGAUGUCAACAGGAGUGAGGUUGAUAGGCUAAUUGGUAAUGAGUGGGACUUUAUUCAUUUUCCAGCUGUGGGACUCUCAGGAGGUCUGCUGGCUUUAUGGAGAAGGGAUGUAACUCGGUUUGAGCUGAUUACUGUUAUGGACCAAGUUUUGAUUGGUAGCUUGGUAUUUCCUAAUGCCCAGAAAUGGAUAGUGGCUGUUGUUUAUGCUUGCAAAGACUAUCAUGGUAGGCGUACUCUAUGGGAUACCAUUGGAGCCAAUAUUAAUGCUGAAUUCCCGGUGAUCGUGGGGGGAGAUUUUAACUGUUGUCUUGACCAAUGUGAGAAGAAAGGAGGGAAAAGAUUUAAAUAUUCAAUUGGCACGCAAGAGAUGGAUGGGUUCCUGGUUGAUAAUGAUUUGCAUGACUUGGGCUUUUUGGGGCCAAAAUUCACAUGGUCUAAUAACAAGAUUGGCAACAGCAAGAUUUGGGUAAGGUUGGACAGGGUGCUUAUGAACACUGAAGGUUUGCGGCUGGCUCCCUUGUCCACGGUGAGGCAUCUUCUGCGUAUAGCAUCGGACCACUGCCCUUUGUUAUUAAAUUUGUCUCCUGGCAACCCAAGGCCCAGAAGCAAAUGGAUUCGUUUUGAAGAUAUCUGGAUGACUUACACAGCUACGUGGAAAUUGGUGUGGAAAAACUGGAAGAAGGAAGACUACGGGCUGCCGGCUGAUGUGUUGAAUCGUAAGUGUCAAAGAACACUCAAGUUCUUGUUCUUCUGGAGCCGUAAUCGUAUUAAGGAGCUUGAGGGGCUAAAGGAUUUGCUGGAAGGCCGCAUUCAGGAACUACAAAUGCUAGAGAGUUCUAAUGUGGGUCUUAGUGAAGCUCAGGAUCUGGAACUGCGUAAGUUGGUUGUGGAAUUUUAUUCGACUUUGGCUCAAAUGGCGAGUGGUGGAGGCAGAGAGCAAAGACCAAAUGGUUGGAGGAAGGUGACGCUAAUUCACACUUCUUUCAUUCUUUUGCUACGGCUAGAAGACGUGGAGGAGAUCUCGGAGCAGGAGGUUCGUCAAGCAGUGUUCAGCAUGGGGAACAAUCGGGCUCCUGGCAUUGACUGUAUUACCUCUUCUUUUCUUAAAUUUUACUGGGAGAUUGUUAAAACUGAUGCCAAUAGAGCUAUACUUCACUUCUUUGAUACUAACUCUAUGUGUAAGAGUUGGAAAGAUACGUUGGUGGUAUUAAUUCCUAAGACUGAUAGCGCCAAUCAGCCUUCUAAAUUCAGACCUAUCAGUCUUUGCCAAUCCUUUUAUAAGGUGAUUGCGAAGAUCAUUAUCAAUCGAAUGAAACCUGUUCUAAGCAGAAUUAUUAGUGAAGAACAGGGAGAAUUUGUACCGGGAAGGUCUAUUUCCAGCCAUGGAUUGAUUGCACAAGAGAUCAUGUCGAAGUUCCAGUAUUCUGCUCAGAAGGAAGGGAUGAUGGCACUCAAGGUUGAUAUGGAGCAGGCCUAUGACUGUAUGUCGUAA